CGCCCAUUAGAAACACGAGCGUGUGAAAUUCGUCAAACAUUUUAGCCGUUUAAACAUACCAUCAUGCCCAGAAAAAUUACCAACAUACACCACCUGGUAGGAAACUUUUCUCCGUUUUCUAGGAAUGAAAUUUUCCAGAAAUUCUUUUUUACUGGCAACAAUUUAUUCAACGUUUGCAUGAAAUGUCCAAAGUUUGGAAUCGGCCGCAUUGCAACACGACAAAGGUGGACGUUACUGUAUCCGAACGAACCGUCUUACUUCCAGAUUACACGCGUUAAAAUAGACCCAUCAAGAAAGGAUCUUGAUGGAGGAAAAAUAUGGGGUGUGAAGACCUGGAGAGGUUACAGAAUUGAAGAAGAAAAGCUGAUUACUUCUGCUUUCAAGAAAGAGUGGAUACUCAUAAGGAAAAGUGAUGAGAAAGAGUUUUGUGAAUUUCAAUCAGACCCCCUCAGAGACUUUGCAGUUGUACCAAGUCAUCGGCCAUUGCCACCAUUGCUGAAAGCUAUGGUUUUGCAACAGUAUGAUAAUCGUAAUAUUGAUACGGAUGAAGAACCAAUGUUGAAACUAGUUGUUGAGAAAGGACCUGAGACUAGAUUGCUGCAACCAGAAGACGUGGAAAGAUUAAAGCAAACUACUUCCUAAAGCAAUGUAGUUUGUGAUUUGUUUGAUAACAAAAUACUACUCUUAGUCUUAUGUACAACUCUGAAAUAUAUAAUGAUUUUCACAGUACAUGCGUUCAUGCACAGUUCCUUAGCAUGGGCUAACGUUUUUAUACUAAGAAAUUGAGCAUGAACGCUUAGUACGUAUUAAGAAAUAACUACACCUAGUUACAUCUAAGCAGCUUUAAGACAUGGUUCUGGCCUAAAAUAUAGACUAAUGAAGUUUGUGCGCCCUCUAAAAUGACCUUUGGCAACAAAAUACCAUUGGGGAGAUUUACUAUAUUCGUUCUGGUAUAUCAUUUUGUACAUGGUGACCAUCAAAACCAAUUUGUUCUCAAGAAAAACAAAAAAAUGCUGUCAGUGAGAUUCACUAUUGUAUAGUACAACCAUGAAACUAAAAUGUGUACCUCCCUGGUGACUACUACGAAUUAAAAAUAUUUGCAUUAUUCACAUUU